AUGUCCCAGCCGGAGCCUGAAAAUGCGCCGCAACUCGCGGCAACACGAGUCGGCGACGACGAGUCGAAAGCCGCAUUUUCCGUGCGUACAGAAACAGUUGACGACGCGACGGGAGAAAGAGACGGGAGGGACGGGCAGGAUGGGCGGGACGCGUCUCCGUCCCCCCCGUCCUCGUCAUGCGUGGACGCGUCGCUUCUAGCGGAAGAGCUUAGCGCGUCCACUCUUGCGGCGCUGCAGGAUUUCCUUUCCGCGCAAGCCGCCGCCGCGCAGCACCAGCACGCGCUUUCCGCGCAAGCGGCGGAAACCGGCUCCGCGGAAGGGGGGCGCGCGGGCGGGGAUGAGGCUGGCGGAACUGCGCGCGAUGGGGAAGGCGCGGGGACAACGGGGGGACAGGAAGCGGCUGAAGACGCGCUGUUUGCGGAGGAUUGGGGUUUAAGCCAGUUCUGGUACGACGCGCACACUUCCGCGACUGUGGCGGCGGAAGUGGCGCGGCUGAUGGGCGGAGACGCGGCUUGCGCGCGUGCUGAUGAGGAGGGGAAAGGAGAGGAGGCGGAGGAAAAACCGCGGGAAGAAGCGGACGGGGAAAGCGCGGGGGGAGGGAAGGGCGUCGAACGAAAGGAGGGGAGGGGGAAUGGGGAGGGGGAGGGGGAGAGUAGCGUGGGCAGCGGAGGGCCCAGAUGUUGCUGUGUGGCUUGCCCGACCCUGUUCCGUGAACUAGUCCGGCGCUACCCCGCCAUGGACGUGCAUCUGCUGGAGUACGACCGGCGCUUCGCAGCCUUUGCGCCGCGCUUCUCCCGCUACGACUACCGCACGCCCCUAGACGUGCCCGCUGCUCUGCACCACCGCUUCGACGUCGUUGUCGCCGACCCGCCCUACCUGAGUGAGGAGUGUUUGGAGAAGACAGCACAGACCAUGAAGCUGCUAGCCAAGGAGGGGGACUCCACUGCCACUCCGCCCAGCCUCCUCCUCCUCACAGGUGCAGUGCAGGCGGAGGCAGCAAAACGUCUGCUGCAGCUGCGCCCGGCUGUGUUCCGUCCAGAGCACCGCAACAAGCUCGGCAACGACUUCCGCCUCUUCACCUCCUACCCGCCGCCCCAAUCCCUUGGCGGCUGGGAGCCUGAUAGCUAG